AUGAUGAAAUCGUUGAUUUGUCUCUCUCUCAUCCUCCUCCCUCUCAUCUCCGUCGUGGAAGGCAAUCUCGGUGGCUGGAAGGAGAUCAAGGAUAUAUCCGAUCCGAACGUUGUAGCGCUCGCGAAGUACGCGAUUGAUGAGCAUAACAAGGAAUCGAAGGCGAAUCUGGUUUACGUGAAGAUCGUAAAAGGGAAGGAGCAAGUCGUCUCCGGCAAAAAGUACGAUCUGACAAUCGCGGCGAAGAACGGCGGUGGUGCGACGAAGAACUACGAGGCCGUCGUGGUGGAAAGGGUGUGGGAACAUUACAGGAGCCUUGAAUCGUUCAAGGCGCUAUAG